AGGAUGGCAGCCAAAGGAAAUGGAAGCACCAGUGCUCACUUUGUCCUCUUGGGAUUCUCUGAGCAGGGCCAUGUCCAGGUUGUCCUGUUUGUGGUGCUCCUGGUGCUCCAUGUGAUCACCCUGCUGGGGAAUGCGGGGCUGCUGGUGUUGAUCAGGCUGGUUGUCCAGCUCCACACCCACAUGUACUUCUUCCUGAGCAGCCUGUCCUUCCUGGAGCUCUGCUAUUCUUCCUGCAUCACCCCCGGGCUGCUCCGGGCUCUCCUGCAUGAGGACAAGGCCAUUUCCCACACAGAGUGCCUCAUGCAGUUCUAUUUCUACGUGGCCUUCGCCACCACCGAGUGCUGCCUGCUGGCUGCCAUGGCCUACGACCGCUGCGUGGCCGUCUGUCUCGGGUUGCUGUGGAUAUUUGCUGCCCCAAGAUGGAUCUGUGUGUGUCUGGUGGCCGGCUCCUGCCUGGCUGGGGUCACCAACGCCGCCCUCCACACAGGCCUGGCCCUCAGGCUGAGCUUCUGCGGCCCCAUCGACCACUUCUGCUGCGAGGGGCCCCCACUCUUCGCCCUCUCCUGCACGGACCCUGCGCCCAACAAGCUGGGCAUGUUGCUCAUGGCGGGAUUCAGCCUGGCUGCCACCGUCCUGGCCAUUCUGCUCUCCUAUGCCCUCAUCCUGGCCGCUGCCCUGGCCGCGGGGAAGCGCGAGGCCUUCUCCACCUGCGCUUCCCGCCUGGCUGCCGUGGCGCUCUUCCACGGAUCCCUGGUGUCCAUGUACUGCCAGCACAGCUCCAGCAGCUCCCGGCAGCCAGACAAGGUGGCCUCUGUGUUCUACACCAUGGUGACACCCAUGCUGAACCCCUUCAUCUACAGCCUGAGGAACCAGGAGGGGAAGGCCGGGCUCUGGAGGCUGAUGGGGAGGAAACACUCAGUGAAAAACAGAAUUUAA